GUGUGUAUUUGUUACAGCAGCAGCUACAUUCAUAACAGCCUUAAGUAUAGAAGGCUGAUAAUAUAAAAUAUCCUUGGGGUCUUUUCAACUGUUACAUAAUAAAUUAUAUUUGGACUAUGUUCUAACACUGAAUGUAAAACACUGACAUGAAAUAUUUAAGUGCAACAUUAUUUCAUCACUCGUUUUUACCUUUUCUCCUGAAGGCUGUAAGAAACACUGGAGUUUACAGUGUGCUUUAUCUCUCUGUCUCUUCCUCCGGGAUUUCCCUACCCUCUUUCAUUGUUGUCCUUCAUUUGUUUAUCUUCUUCUUAACCUCUGCCUUGCUUUUCUUGUCUGAAGGAUUUCUGCAAAGUACAUCCUUGAAAACUCUAUGUAACCUUCAUAGAUAAGACAUUCACUGCACGCCAAAUUGGUUUGGAGUGGGACCUGAUGAGUGAGCCGCUAUGCUUGGAGUCCUCCACCUAUGGCCAGGAUGUGAGAUCGAUAAUGUGAAAACGAAGGCCGUCAUCGAGCAACAGCCAUUGUGCAUUCCCAGAUGUUCUACUACUGAAAUCUAAAUUAAAUGUCAAAACACUCACUUGGGUCCUUGAAUACAAAUGGGAACAUAAACACUUUUAGUUUUAGUUCUGUCUGAUGCCACUAUAGAAUACUGUUCACAGUUCAUGAAUGGUGACAAUGAACCAUCUGGCCCUUUUUGCAGACACACCUUGAAACUGUUAAUUACAGCUUCACACUCAUUUGUGGUCCAAAUGACUCGUCUCACAUCCCCAUAACAAACUCUUUCUCACUUAGUCUGAAUCAGCUGCUGUGACCGGCGAGGAUUAUGAGGCCGACUUUAGUGUUUCUACAUUUGCAGUGUCUGUAUGUGUUUGUUGGUGUAUGUGUCCCGGUUGUUGUGGGCUCAUUACCUCAUGCGCUACCAUGGCAUGUUUCCUGCCCGGUGCGGUGUGUGUGUCAGAUCAAGCCAUGGUUCUCCCCUGACUCUGUCUACCAUGAAGCUCCUACUGUGGACUGCAACGAUCUACUCUUGACCAAGCUCCCCUUACCCAUACCCCCGAACACACACACCCUGCGCCUGCAGAGUAACCUUCUGUCUGUGCUCGACAUGGCGGUGCUGCACAGACUUGCCAAUCUCACCGACCUCGACCUUUCCCAGAAUCGCUUCAGUCAUGUCAGGGCGAUAAGUCAGAACACCUCCCUGCCCUCUCUACUAUCUCUACACAUGGAGGAAAACCAUCUCAGUCACCUCCCUGAGGCCUCCUUCUCCUCUCUGCCAGCUUUGCAGGAACUGUUCCUCAGCCACAACAACUUACACAUGAUAGUACCUGGAGCCUUCACUGGUCUCAACUCCCUACUGCGUCUACAUCUCAACAACAACAGACUCACCACUGUUGACCCUCGCUGGUUCAGGGCUUUGCCCAACUUGGAAGUUCUUAUGCUUGGUGGGAACCCUGUGGAGGCGCUUCCAGAGAGGGGUUUCCUGGCCCUGCAAUCCCUCCGAAGUCUUGUCCUUGGUGGUAUGGGUCUGAGAGGAUUGGCUGAAAACGCAUUGGAAGGUUUGGACGGCCUAGAGAGCCUCUCCUUCUAUGACAACCUGCUGACAAAGGUGCCCACUCAGGCCCUGAUCAAAGUGCCAGGACUGAAGUUCCUUGACCUCAACAAGAACCGCAUUAAACUUGUUGAGACAGGAGACUUCCGAGACAUGGUCCAUCUGAAGGAGCUCGGCUUGAACAACAUGGAGGAGAUGGUUUCCAUUGAGAGAUCCGCCCUAGAGAAUCUUCCGGAGCUCACCAAACUGGAGAUCACCAACAACCCACGACUGUCCUUCAUUCAUCCGCAGGCAUUUCUCCGGCUGAGCAGGCUUGAGAGUCUAAUGCUCAACUCCAACUCACUGAGCGCACUUCACCAGCACAUCAUGCUCUCCCUGCCGAGUCUUCAGGAGGUCAGUUUGCACUCUAACCCACUGCGAUGUGACUGCCUGUUUCACUGGGCUGCUGAGGACGCCUCUCACACUCACAUUGAAGGCCCACAAACAGAGAAACAUACACCUCGAAUGGUGCGCUUCAUCCAACCGCAGGCCACGCUGUGCUCUGAACCCCCAGAGCUGAGAUCUCGCAGAGUGAGAGAGGUUUCCUCUAGAGAGAUGUCGGCCUCAUGCCUCCCCAUGAUACCUACCAACUCUCUCCCUUCCUACAUUGGGGUACGAGAAGGAGGAAAACUGGUGUUGCACUGUCGAGCUCUUGCAGAUCCACAACCGGAACUGUACUGGGUGACACCCUCUGGACUGAGACUUGGCCAUGCACCGAGCCUGGCAUCCAAGGGUUUACAAAUUCCUGCUCCCUGCCACAGCCUGACUGCCUCUGAGGAAUUCAACCACACAUCAAGGAUUUCUUCCGGCCAGCCUCAGGAUAAUAGUGCCUGUAAUCCCUCACAACACUACCAUCUGCUGCCUGAAGGAACUCUGGAAAUGGACAAGGUCACCCACAGCGAGGCAGGCUUG